UUUUCUCUCUGAGGCAUCCGAUUCUCCUUUAAGAAGUCAUGUCUGGACGCGGAAAGCAAGGCGGCAAGGCUCGCGCCAAGGCCAAGACGCGCUCGUCGCGGGCCGGGCUGCAGUUCCCCGUGGGCCGCGUGCACCGCCUGCUCCGCAAGGGCAACUACGCCGAGCGGGUCGGGGCCGGCGCGCCCGUCUACCUGGCGGCCGUGCUGGAGUACCUGACGGCCGAGAUCCUGGAGCUGGCGGGCAACGCGGCGCGCGACAACAAGAAGACGCGCAUCAUCCCGCGCCACCUGCAGUUGGCCAUCCGCAACGACGAGGAGCUCAACAAGCUGCUGGGCAAGGUGACCAUCGCGCAGGGUGGGGUGCUGCCCAACAUCCAGGCCGUGCUGCUGCCCAAGAAGACCGAGAGCCACCACAAGGCCAAGGGCAAGUAAAAGCCUGCAGCGACUCCAAGUCGAAACCAAAGGCUCUUUUCAGAGCCACCCACAUUGUCAUCAAAAGGGCUCGUCUCUCGGUUUCUGUGUGGCAGGCGUCUCUUUUCAAUUGACCCUAAAGCGCAGCUCCUCAGUCUGCCAGCAGGUGUCAGCGUGUGAACACCGAUAGACUCGCGAGCGCAGGGUCCGUGAGAGCAGACCCCCGCCUCGCGAAAGAACGCUUCCCGAGACCCUCCGCGCCGGGUCGCUGGGUGGGUCACACCGUGGGGAAACCCCGACUGAAAUCCCCAUUUGACCGGGCACUGUUCCAUCUAAACGUAAAUCAAGGUUGGACCGACGGGAAGGGGCCACGCUCCCCCUUUCGUCUCGCGUGGUCACUGGGCCAAUCCCGUGUAGCGCGCGCCUUUUCAAAGUAACCAAAGGAAGGCCAGUUUGAGAGUCCCAAGUCUAAAGUUUUUACUGGGCAAACGAUGUAUAUCAUAGUAAGGUUGACACGAAGU